AUGUCCUUGGCGGCUUUGAACGUCUCGCUGUUCGUCGCGCAGACGUCGCUGACGCUCGACGGCCUGCAGCAGCUGUCUGAUCACCGGCUGCUCUUCUUCUUCCUCUUUCUCUCAGCCUACCUGUUCGCGCUGUGCAGCGACGGCCUCGUGCUGGUAGUGAUCUGCACGCGCCACAGCCUCCAUAAACCCAUGUACGUGUUCAUAGCCGCGCUGCUGCUGAACUCGUUGCUGGGCGGCAGCGCGGUCUACCCGCGGCUGCUGUGGGACCUGCUGUGGGAGAGCGGCUCUGUUCUGGUCACACUGUCAGCGUGUGCGUGUCAGGCGUGGGUGGUUUACUCUUGUGGGGCCUCGGCCUUCCUGUUGCUGCCGGCCAUGGCCUUCGAUCGCUAUGUCGCGAUCUGUCGCCCGAUGCGCUACGCUGCGCUGGUGUCGCCGCGCGCGGUUGCCGCUCUGCUCCUGUUCUGUUGGCUGCUGCCUGCCGCUAUGAUUGGGAGCGCAGCGCUUCUUGCCGCGCGCCAGCCGCUCUGCCGCUCUCAUAUCAAUAGGCUCUACUGUGAUGUUUACAGUUUAAACAGACUCAGCUGCGGCGGGAACGCGGCGCUGCUGAGCGAAGUUUUCGCCCUGUUCAUCUCUGUUGCUUGUUGCCUGUUGCCCGUCGCCUUCGUUCUUUUCUCCUACAGCAGCAUCCUUUAUAUCUCCCUGUGCCGCGUAAGCGGCUCCAGCGGCAAAGCGUUGCGCACCUGUCUGCCGCACCUGCUGGUCUUCCUAAACUACAGCGCUUGUACUGCGGUGGAGCUUCUGCAGCGCCGCCUGCAGGCCGGAGAUCAGCCUGCAUCCUCUGUGCUAACUUCGGUGCUGGUCGUUCUGGUUCCGACCGUGUUAAACCCGGUAGUGUACGGCCUGAAUAUGAGCGCCAUCACCGGAUACAUCAGGCGGCUGCUGAGCAGCAGGAAAACCGAAUGA